AUGCCGACGGCAGGCCUCAAUAUUGUGGCCACGAAUGACCAAAUGGAUAGCUCUUCGCGAAUUGCGCCCAGAAAGUCACCACACAACGUAUUUCGAGAUCCUGGAGGAGCAAUGCCACUGCUCUCGGUCGAUGCUGACUCUAUGUUACCAUCCAGUCAUGCGUCUGUAUCGAAAGGCAAAGAUCAUGAAACAUCGCCCGCUCCAUCUCCAGCAUCGUCAGAAUAUGGAAGUAUGCGUCCACACUCUCACGGUGCUGAGUACGUUGGAAGCGCCCAUUGGGCUGCGGUACUAGACAGCAUAUCUGAGCUCAAGGACCAUUACGAGGAAGAAGAAGAGGCUAGGAUGCUGGUCAAUAACGACCGUGUGCCAUACCGCAGCCCUGGUCCUCUUCUAUUAUACCAACCUGUCAAUGUAACCAAAGCUGAGAUUCUAGCGUCAAUACCGGCCCGUCCCGUUGUCGAUCGCAUGGUAGCGCGAUACUUUUUUCUCCGAGACACUGCCCCGCUGCCCGUGCUGCAUAACAAACAAUUCCUCGCAGAGUAUGAAAGAUUCUGGCAGGAUCCAGCCUCGGUUCCAUUGUUGUGGAUUGGCCUCCUGUUCAGCGUUAUGGCUUUGACUAUGCAAUACCAGCAAUUGAUAGAAGACCCAGCUGACCCUGAAACUCUAUCUCGGGUUCAAAUAUUCCGUGAAAGGACGAUUAAUUGUCUGAUCUUGGGUGAAUUCACCAGGGGCAAAGAGUAUGUGAUUGAGACGCUGCUUCACCACCUGACUCUCGAAGUGCUUCUAUGUAAGGAUGCAGACAUUGGGGUCUGGCUUGCACUAGGUAUACUUGUGCAGCUUGCUCUAAGCCUGGGCUAUCACCGAGAUCCUCAGAAAUUCCCCAAAAUUUCAGCAUUCGCAGGUGAAAUGAGGCGUCGCAUCUGGGCUGUUGUAGUGCAAACGGAUCUGCGACUCUCAAGUCAGAUGGGAUUUCCACGCCUCUUGAAGCUACAUCAAUGCGACACAGCAGAGCCCUCUAACCUGCUGGACUCAGACUUUGAUGAAACGACUACCGAGCUACCCCCUUCAAGACCAGAAACCGAAGUCACGCCUACACUUUCGAUUCUAGCCAAGAACAGGAUUGACCAUAUGUCUGGGCUGGUUAGCGAUUUUCUCGCUGACACCCGGGAGCAUUCCUACUCAGAUAUCAUGGCUCUGGACAACAGAUUAAAUCAAGCCGAGGACUCUUUGCCGCCAAUCUUCAAAUGGCAACCCCUCAGCCAGUCGCUGAUGGUGCCGCCGCACAUCAUUAUGCAGCGUGUGUGGCUCCAACUUGCCAUCCCGCGGUUGAAAAUCUGGCUCCACCGUAAAUUCCUCGUUUCUUCCCACCAGCAGAUGGCGUACGAAUAUUCACGCAAUGCUUGCUUAGAAGCUGGCAUUAAGAUCCUCGAAUGCCAAAAGUUGCUAGACGAAGAGACACGACCGGAUGGAUUAUUAUAUCCUGUCCGCUGGAUGGUGACAUCGCUCAGCCAAUUUGUAUUCCUUCACGGCAUGAGCAUCCUCACCUACUAUGUGCAACUAUCCAAAACACGGACCGAUAUCUGUAUUCACGAGGAAACACAGUCGAAAAUAUACAGCCUGCUACGCGACACAUAUCCCAUUUGGCUGCGUUCGAGCACUGUAUCUCGUGAGGCCCGACAAGCAGUAAAGCACCUUGGUAAUCUGUUGGGGCUUCAGGGAGAAGUAGAAGCCCCUGUGCCUCCGUUCUUCGGGGAUAAUACCGAAGCUGUUGUUGAUGCCACUCAAUUCGAAUCUCCGAGUAAUAUGAUGCCAUUCGAUCAGUUCGCUUGGGAAGCUUAUCAAGAAUGUCUUGCUAGUUUCCCUUCACCGGGCGGUUAUGGUACCGGAUUGCUCGGCCAGCCGGGGGCUGGGCUGCCGUCAAGCUUAGACCUAUCUAUAACGGACCUGAUGACGAACAACCAGAGUGAAUGGGGUGAAUGA